CACAAAGCAGAUUCAAAAUGUAUUAUCAGAACCCAAUGAAGAACCUAUACUCUCUAAAACGGAAGACUUGUAUUAGUCCAGAUAUCAUAGCCAGGCACCCUGGGGGUAAAAAUAUUCAUCUCAAUGAGCUUUACCGCCAGAAGAUAAAGCGAUCAAGUCAUCAUUCACAGAACAGCAGGUCAAUGUCGACUGCUACAUCUUCAUUUGCAAUGCAUCGGAGGAACUUAAGCCCAAUAAUAAAAACAAAUAAGAGGAAUUUGAACAUCUACAAUGAUGAAAUCAAAAGCUCUCACACUCCGUUAGAAGAGUUUAAGAUUUCGCAGAUAAUUCCAAAUAUCAAAGAAAGAGACUGCAAGAAACCUCGAAAAUACUUGCUAUCUCACACUCGUAAGACUAAGAACACCUCCCGAAGGAAAAUGAAUGAGGAUAUUAAAAUUCUGAUUGAUAAGAAACAUACCACCGACAGUGGAGACUUAAGUCGAAUUAUCCAGCCGAGUGAAAUCAAGGUUUGAGUGACACCAAGUAGCUCUCAGUCUAAGAACUGAGCAUUUGCGGAUACUGCAGAGAGAUGUACAUAUUCUAAAAAUCUGAACAUUCAAAAUAUUACCCAAAACUCGUUUUACAAAUAAGCAGAACAACUUAGACUUGAAUCAAGUUAUUAAUCUUACUACAGACUUAGAUGUAUCUAACAAAAAAGUGGAAAGUAUUAAAUAAGUCAGCACGUCUUUAAUCUUGGAAGCCAAAAUAUACGAUUCAGUAAACCUGGAAUGACGCAGCUCAAAAUCACAGGCCCUAUACUGCUCACUGAAACAAACAAGGUUACUCCAAACUCCCCUGCCCUCUCCAAAAUAAACAAAUUAAGAAAUGCAAUAAGGAAGAACUCACCCUGGAAAGACUGAUUCAUUAAGAAAAAUAUAACUUUAAGAAAUACCUCCAAGAAAAUCAAACAAAAUAAUCUUAAUAAUAGCUUACUAAGAAGGAACUGUCGUCGAAUAUCCAAGGAAAGCUCUAAAUCAUAUCUCAAAAGUUUGCUACAAGCAAAGAAAUGCUUAGGUAGUAAUUCAAAGACUGAAAAAAAGAGAGACUCUUUUGACAACAUCCUUCUCACUAAUGAGUACCUGAACAAGAGGCUAAAUAGCUUUCGAACCAACUAUAAAAACAACGUAAAUUAGUAAAUUAUAUUAGAAUA